AUGAAAGAAAUUGAUUUUAUUCAAACAAUCAAACAUUCGCUAGUAGCUGGUUCAAUAGCUGGAUGUGCAGUUGAUUUAUCAUUGUAUCCAAUAGAUACAAUCAAAACUCGUCUUCAAGAAAAAAAAAACCUUAAUAGACGAUUAUUAUUUUCAUCAUUAUAUUCUGGUGUUGGUUCUGUAUUAAUUGGUAGUGGUCCAGCGUCUGCAUUAUUUUUUCUUGGAUACAAUUUAACUAAACAAACAGUUCAUUUAUCAUCACAAUGGCAAACUCAUAUGAUUGCUGCAAUUCUUGGAGAAAUUUGUGCAUGUCUUGUACGUGUUCCUGUUGAAGUUGUUAAACAACGAGCACAAGUUAAUCGAAAUUCACGUUUAUUAACGAUUGCACAAUCGUGUCUCCGCGAUGAAGGUUUAUUCGGUCUUUAUCGAGGAUAUUUUGCAACCUUAUCAAGAGAAAUUCCUUUUUCAAUAAUUCAAUUUCCACUCUGGGAAUUCUUUAAAGAAUCUUGGAGAAAGCAACAGAAUCAAGAUUUAUCUCCAUGGCAAGGAGCUUUGUGUGGAUCUCUUGCUGGUGGAAUAGCAGCAUCAAUUACAACUCCAUUUGAUGUUGCUAAAACACGAAUAAUGCUUGCUCAUCAUUCUCAUACCGAUGCAGCUUCUCAUUCGUUGAAAAUUAUGAAAAACAUUUUCCAACAAGAAGGUUUUUCAGCUUUGUACAGUGGCGUUCUUCCUCGUACCAUGUGGAUAUCAAUCGGUGGUUUUGUCUAUUUUGGUGCUUUUGAACUGGCCACAUCGUUAUUUUUUUCUCAAAAUAGUCAGAUUUAA